AGUAGCACAUCAGUGCUUUUGCGCAAAAUCAAGCGGCCGGUGUAGAUAGCUGGCAAGUUUUUGCCAGGUUAGACGCAGCCAUAGGGAUAUAUAGGAUGCAGUUGUCCUCUGACACUUCUGAUACAGUAUAGUAGUGGAUACUGAGUCUGGAUACAGAUUCACAGUGGGGGUGUUAUCACUUAGCCCUGGGGUGUGCUUGUUCUACCACUGCACUAGCCUAUGUGGUGUAAAUUUUGGGACUCCCCGCAGGACCUUAGAAUCAAGCACACUCUGGGUGCACCCUCGCCAGGAGACCCUGACCCAGGCAAGGUAAUUCAGGGCGAGAUAGUUUUGGUGGGCCCUGCUCAUGGGCAGUUGACAGGGAUGCACACAUGAGCCCGCUUGUUGCCCUGUGGUAGAGUUUGCAGGGCCGGGACUUAGAAAAACUCCCUGUUUACGUGCAAGCGGAGCAGACUGGAUCUGGAGUCAGAUAAACCUAGGGCCCUGCAGUGCCAUUUGGACAGAGGGAAAGCAGGCUCUAAGGCGAUCAAAGCAAUGGUGCCAUCGCUCUGUGGGCAAUCCGAGCACAGGAAACCCAGUUCUCCCCCUUUCUGUGUCUUGGGCGGGCCCGCUGCUGGCUUCUCAGCAUUCUGGCUGGCAGGUUCCAGGCAGGAUUGUGAAAUAUCUUGAGCCAUUAGUCAGCCCCUGUGGUGUGUCUCCCAGCUGCAGUUCUGCUUCAGGAAACAAACAGGAGAGAGCUCUUGUGCAAAAGCUGAGAGGCUGUUUGGCAGGGAGCAGCGCUCUGGGGGGACGGAGGGACCCGCCAGGACAGGAGAGCUGCUCCCAAGAGACAACCACUGACAUCUGCAUCCCGGACGCCCGAAAGCUAACGGAAUCGAGUCCCUGCACCGGCGGGAGGAGCCUGCCUUUCCAACGCCGCAGGAUAUUCACCAUGCAACUCAGCCAGGCGUUUGCGGUCGUCCUGCUCAUGGGAUUGCAACUCUCUGAGGUCGCAGCCUCCUGCUCCUUCAAUCAGCCCCAGAGGCACUGCUCCUGCUCGCUUUUGGAUCAGGACAAGCUAGGAAACCUCUUCCAGUGCUUCUCUGCCUCUGUCUUGGAGCUCCGAGGAGGAAACUUGGAGCAAUUUGCAGGUUUUGCGUCCAUCUCGGUGGACGAAUCGGUGAUCGGCAUCCUGAAGAUGUUGAACGUGACCAAGAUUGUCUUCGGAGAUCUCCUCGUGCCGGAGGUUCUGGUGGCCGCUGUCAUGAAGUUCAUGCCCUACAUGCGCCUCACCGAGCUCCAGUUUGACAACUGCACUUUCCUGGGAAAAGCCAGCUGGCUCCCCAUGGACAGGGUGAUUCUGCCGGUCUCCUCCUUACGCUUCCACAAGGUGACCUCCAGCUCCCUGGCCGACAGAGGCCAAGACUUCUCCUACCUGAGCAGCUGGCUGGAGAGCCUGCGGGAUCUGACGGUGACGCAGUCGCAGGUCCCCUACAUUCCAUGCAGCAUGGGCAAGGUCUUCAGGACCUUACGCUACCUGGAUGUGUCAGAAAACCGCCUCCAGGACCAGAGCAUGGGGCCUUCGUUUUGCCCGGGGGCUUUCCCACAGCUCCAGGUAUUAAAACUCCGCCACAACAACCUGAGCUCCUUCCUCGCCACGUGUGAAACGCUGCACCAGCUGGAGGAGCUCGGCCACUUAGACCUGAGCCAGAAUGGCCUCCUGGCCGUCCCCUCCUCCUCCUGUGAGUGGCAGCCAUCCCUCCGCAUCCUCAACUUGUCCGCCACGGGCCUAGAGCACGUCCCCAGGCCUCUGCCCCCCAGCCUUGAAGUAUUAGACGUGAGUUCCAAUGAACUCCACGCCCUCGACCACGCGCUCCCCUUCCUGAAGAAGCUCUUCCUGUCCAACAACAGGCUGCGGGCCGUCCCCUCCCCCCAGAACUAUCCUGCCGUAGAAGCCCUCAGUCUGGAUGGAAACCUCAUCUCCUGCCUCCCCCGAGGCGAGCUCCGGGCGCUGAGACACCUGCAGAGCCUCUGGGCAGGUGGGAAUCUCUACAACUGCUCCUGUGCGGGGGCCUGCGAGCUCCCCGCCCUGGCGAGCAGGGGGCCCUUGGUGCCUGACUGGCCUCAGGACUACAGGUGUGCGGCUCCACCUCGGCACCGGGGCGCCCUGCUGAAGGACGCGCUGGCUGCAGAGCUGCAGUGCAGCACGGCCGGCGCGAUGGCUCCCGUCUCCGUCCUCCUGCUGAGCUGCUUGGCUGGGACCCUUUGCCUGGCACAAAUUAGGGCCUGGCUGGGUUAGCUGCUGGGCUCUGGCAUGAGGGCAGGGCCCUUCGCGCAGCAGGGCAGAGGCUGGGGAAUUGCCCUGCCUGCAGGGGCGGGGGGGCGGGCGGCGGCCUCUGCCACUCAGCCUAUUGGGCGAGGAGGGACAGGUCCUCCGGACGACAUUGCCAGAGACAUCAAGGGCAGGCGGGUCCCUCGGGGAAUCUGUGCGCUUUGCCCCGCCCCGCUGGCUGGCUGCAGACAUCUGAGGUUCCAGACAGGUUGUUGCCAUUAUUUUAAAGCCCAGGAGCGAUCAGAAACACGACUGUGCCCCACGGACAUUACAAGACUCCCCCUUCAUGCGGUCUUGCCGAUCCCUGAGCAGAGCGGCCAAGCUGGGAAGAGGAGACCAAGCUCCUCAUUCAAGCAGACUCACCUGUAGCCUCCACAAGCCACUUGCAUGCUCUGUUUCCCAGCCGCAUGGAGGAGGGCGUGGCUGGACCCCUCCUGCCCCAUUCGCUUGGUCCAGAUCCACACACAGGUUGUGUCCAGGCAUGCGUUACUAGAUUGCUUGAGGGUAAGAAGAGGGUCAAAAGCACAAGUCCUGCUGUGCCUCAGGCCUCGAUGAAAGUCGUCAGGACUUUGCUAAUAUAAAGCAAAGCUGAGCUGUGAGCAAGAGGCAGGCCCUGCUCACAGAAUCUGGCAAGAACAGGGCUGAUAGUGCAGAAACACACAGACCUCGGCGGUUCUAGGCCCAAGUCAUGUAACACAGUCCAGAAGGGUGGUACCAAAACACGUCGCUCGGGAACAUCUUAGUGCCAACACACUCCCCAUAGAGAACAGGAACUCUCGAACCUGUGUUCAGGAUAGGGUCAGGAUGACAGCAUGGUGGCUAGAAAUAUUUUGAUGAAACUAACACAUAUAAGGUUUUGAGCGGCACCUGGUACGGCGGGGGUGGCAUUCUGGUAUGUCAGAGUGAUGCGUAACUUGUCUGUAUCCAGGUACAAAGAUGGAUGUUCUUGUCCAGCCUAGGGUGUGGUGGAAAAUCCCACCUCUGAGAGCUGUGUCCAUUGUCGGGGGUAUAUAUGCCUAGUGGUUCGGUAGACAACUAUUACUGCGCUUCGUUUGAUAAUAAACCUGGCCUGCCGCCUU